GAUAACGAUUUUUGAACCAAACGGCAACUUGCUUGGUUGGUUACUACUACCAGCUACUACGGGCAAAGGACCGUAGGAGGCGGAGCUUGCCAGCUUGGUCAUUGAAAAUAGUCUGCUGACGAAACACAACAUCUGAGAAUAUGACAGGUGCAAAUGUACAUUGUGCAAUGGCUGACGACCUAGACACAGACGAUGGCUCUUGGAUCUUGGCUCUUGAAGGAGCAUUACAAGAGCAGUGCAGUCUACACGAUUUGCGUCUGAUUUGUCGUAGCAAAAGCAUCCCCGAUUCCAUGCGUGGACAAGUUUGGUAUCGGUUGUUGGGGUCUUCCACCGGCUCUCCUGCUGAUGGACUUGAACGAUUCAACGAAAUAUUUGACCUAGCUAAUCAAUCUAAACUAAGAGAAGACUGUAAAAUCUUUGUGGAGAAGUUGGACAACGAAGAAGAAGACAAAGUUUCCAUCCUUUCUGAUCUCGAGUCUCUUGUUACUCAUUAUUGCAAGACUCGUCACAUCAAUUACGACCCAAACAAUGGCUGGAUGCACAUUCUCACACCUUUAGUCUCUUUAAAACUACCCAAAAAUGAACUCUACAGCUAUUUUAAUGCAAUCUUGGAUUCAUAUAUUCCUAGGCAGUGCCAUUUUAAUGGAGUAGCUAUGCAUCUGUUUCGAUUACUUUUGCUGUAUCACGAACCAGAACUAUGUUCUUUCCUUGAUUCACAUAAAAUUGCACCAAAUUUGUAUACACAGAAAUGGUUUCUAUCCUUAUUUGCAGCUUCAAGUAACCUUCAAGCUGUUCUCGCUCUGUGGGACUACUACUUUAUCCGUGGCGAUCCAUUUUUAAUAUUUUUUCUUUCGUUGGUUCUCGUCAUCAAUGCCAAGGAUGAAAUAAUGGCUCACAAAGGUGAGAAGGAAAAAAUAUUGGAAACUAUAGCCGAACUCCCGCAACAGAUGGAAGCUGGUGAUAUUCACGACUUUUGCUCACUAGCUGUUUUGUAUUCUGCACAGACUCCUUUUUCGUACAAGAGGGACUACCAUCAAGCUCUUUUUGGCGAAGAUGCGUCAGAUGAAAGAAUGGAUCUUUUGGUCUUGUCCCAAGCGCUUUGCCUGCCGGUAUCUGUGCAAGAGUUGCUAGUCAGUUGUCAUUUAUUGAAUCCUCCUACAAAAUCUGAUGCCGAAAGCAGAGCAUUACGUUUCUUCCUUGUCGAUUGUCGGCCUGCAGAGCAAUAUAACGCUGGCCAUCUCCCUACAGCUUUCCACCUCGACUCUAAUCUUAUGCUAACUGAACCUCAAGCAUUUAGCGUGGCUGUCCAAGCGUUACUAUCCUCCCAGAAACAGUCCAUCGCUGCACAAUCGGCUGCAGGGGGAGAGCACUUGGUGUUUUUCGGAUCGGGCAGAGAAGCAGAAGACCAAUAUGUCCACAUGGUUGUAGCGUUUUUCCUUCAAAGACACGUUCAGUUUGUUGGCCUAGUCCAAGGCGGCUUUUCUGCUGUUCACCAAGCUCUGGUUGCAGCUCAGAUUGAAAAUGGGGUUGUCGCCACAUCGGUUUCUAUUGAACCGGUCGGACUUGUCGAUCACAAUCCAUCACUGUGCCUUGUAUGUACUGUCAACAAAUCUGAAGAGUCGCCGACAGCUGCUGGCAAAAGCAAUGCUCAGGGAACACCUCAGCACGCAACGGGAUCUUCCUCUUCUUCAUCUAACAAGACCGAUUUCUUUGGGCGGAUGCGCUCAAAGUCCGCAGUAGUUAAAGACAAACUCCUCGACUACAUUGUUAAUCCUAUUUCAGCUGGAGAUAAUGAACCGACACCAAAGUCCAAGAGUAAAGAAAAUCCUAGUACCGGAGGAAAAAGCAAAGGAGCCGGCAAGCUCUACCGCAACAUAGCGCCUGUAUUUUCAAUUGACGAUGAUCAAGAUGGAGAUGAUCCAACUUUUGAAGGAAGUUCUGAGCGAGAGGCAGACGCACCGAACCAGGAACUGGUAGCCAUAUCUUCGUGGCUUAAGAGACCAGACGUAAUCAACUCAUUCCGUUGUCAUGAAGUUAAGGAGAGUGGGCAUGCAUUUCCGAGUUAUUUGCUGAUUACGCCAAGUCACUUGUAUGCCCUAAGAGAAAUUGAAGAUCGUCCAGGUUUCGCGCGCAUCAGCGUAAAUCGUUCAUUAUCUUCAAUCAUGAAAAUCACUAGCAAAAAGCGACAUCCGGAAUUUAUCACUUUCAAGUAUGGGAACAUAAAAGGCGAAGAAACUAUUAUUGUCGAUUUAGACAGAUUCGUCGUCCCUCAAGCUGGAGAUGCUGUCAAGUUGGUCAAGCUGCAACUAUUCAACAACAGUUCUGCUGCCAACGCAAAUAGCUGAUGGAAGCAAUGGAAUGCUUGUAUGAAUAUCAAGAAUCAUUUACACAAGACUUUUUUCCUUUAAACAAACUUAUGAAUUCCAGUUUUUCAAUCUGAAAAUCUUUUCCAGUCAGUUAUAAUUAGGUUUGGGUUGAAAGAAAAUAUUCCAUCUCUUAUCGUCGUAUUGAAGCAUAUCACUUACCUGAUUGCUUGAAUCUUACUAAAUGCCUCUUCCAUCCACAGGUGUAACCAGUAGUAAAAAGUUUAACGAUAACCAAACUCAUUUAGGUAGCACCGUAAGCCCUAUUUUUAAUUAUUAUUUCAAAAAUAUGUUCUAAUAAUUUGGUGGUCAUCCUAGAUAACUUUUUCGUUUCCGUUCUGAAUUUGUAUCGUUAACUUCUCUAUUCAAACUUCUAUAAGAUUCAACCAGAGGAAAUAUAUUCGUAAGCUAAAAAAAAAAAUUGCACCGAAAUAUAUGUACUAGGAUGUCUUUUAAACCCGUUGUUAUACACGACAUUUUGAGCUAA